AAACCUGCCGUGUGAGGUGAGGCGAGGUGACGUGCCAGCGCUUCGGCCGUCACUGUAGCGGCUCCCGUGGCCCUGUGCACUGCCUAGCUGGUGCUCGAGGCUCACCUAGGGGCGCCGCCUUAUAACCAACCCGCAAAACAACCCGUCAACCCGCCAACGAAACAUCAAGCCCGUCUACUUCAGUGAGUGCCAUCAGGGCCAAGACGAAGGCACUGGUCAUUCAUUCGCCUUCACACGCCACACUCCAGCUGAGACAUUGCAUACCUCACCUCAGGCUGCCCCCCUUCGAACUAUCCGGCAAAUCAGCCCUUGAUUCUGAGUGUACCAACUGAAGUAAGACGAGGCCACUGAGGGUUCAGCGGCCACCAUCCCGCAGAGACAACCUUACACGCCUUGCUGACUUACGACAACGGAGAGCAACCAAGCGAGUACACCGCCAGCAAGCCGUGAAGGACACAACAUCUGAAGCCAGUGUGAGCGCUGUGCCCAUCCCUCGGUGAAGCCAAACAAUCCCGCCUCAGCCAUGUGGGCGGCACGCCUGUGUGUUCUGGCAGCUUUUGCCGCAGUGGGCUGCAGCACCGGGGACGGGAUACACUCCAUGCUCAACCAGCUGGCAGUACAGAACACAGGGUCGGACGUGCAGUCGCUCUCCUCUUGCAUGAUCUCAACGAGGGACCUCAUCUCCACGGCCCAGAGCACGGCGACGCGGGUGCUGCAGGGCGUGUGCAACCCUCGUGAGAUGAACAACCGGUUCGUGGCACUCGAGCGGCAGGUGGUGGACCAGUUCAACGUGCUCAAGACGAUGGUGCUCAACAUCGAGGACCAGCUGAGGAGCCAGGACCAGCAGAUCAAGAAGAACCACGGAAAGCUGCGCCGGGAACUCCGUGCGCUCGGGCUCGGCUCCCCCAGCAGACCUGCCACUGGGGACGCUGCCGGUGCUAAUGACCUGCCGGGCGAGAGCCAUGAUCAGGAGGGCGAGGAGGCGUACGAGGACGACUACGAGGAGGGAGAGGAAGCCCGCAGCAGUCCCCGCGAGCCAGAGAUCUACCGGUUCAACUCCACCAUGCACCAGGAAAACGGGGAGCGGGUGUUCACUUACUACUGGCGCGUUGGGGACAUCAACUACAAGAUGGACAACUGGGGCAGGCGCCGCUCCCUCCGCUCCAGCAGCUUCUACAUCUUCCAGGGCGGCUACCGGAUGUACCUCAGGAUCUACCCCAACCAGCAAGGGGAGAACUUCUAUGUCCACGUGGGUCUGACGCAAGGUGACUUCGACAACAACCUGGAGUGGCCGUUCACCCUCAAGCACCAGGUGAGGAUACUGGACCACAGCAGCCCCGCCGAGGACCUGUUGAGCCGCCUGUGGGACCCGACGCAGCUCUGUUCGGAAUGGCACUGGCGACGCCCCGACGCCAGCGACAACUACGAGUGUGUUGGCCUCGGCUUCACCAAGGAGACGCUGCGCUCCAGGAACUUCAUCAUCAACGACGCCGUGGUGAUCAAGCUGACGGUCCUGCUCACUUUCUAAAGGACCGAAGGGAAGGGCAGGGGAGGGAGGGAAGGUUGGAUAAGUGGCGAAGGCACGAUACGGAAGGAAAAGGAAGAAAAAAGCGGAGAAUCGAAGGCAGGAACACUGGAGAGGGUGGGACAGGGAAGGAAAAGGAAGUAAAGGAGGGGGGCUGGAAACUGAAAGAAUUGACCUUUUAGAGGACUGAAGAGGCGAGAUAUAAAAAGAAAAGGAAGCAAGGAAGAAAGGGUAUAGAAGAAGAGACUGAUGGUAGUGUUCUUAGCUUCUGAAGGGUUAAAAAGGUAAGCAAAAGGAAGCAAAGGCGUGGGUAGGAACUGAAAGAAGCGACCUUGUGGAGGACUGGAGAGGCGAGACAU